AGCUCACAAAGGAGCACUGCUUCUCUCAUUGGAGUAGUGUUGGAGAACCCUUGCAGACCAACGGCGGGAUAGCAUUUCACUACUCGAGGAGCAACCUGCAAGCCAACAAGCCUCCAAAAAGGGACAAAGUCCUGUUUCAUGAAUCAUUUAACCCUCCCUUCCUCCCCACCUCCUCUCUGAAGGGUUUAAUGUUACACCAACUGUAAGACUUUACCUGGCCAGGUGAACUGCACGGUGGAAAGUGAAUGUCGCUGAUUAAGUUAUCUCUCUCUGCAGAUGAAUUCUUUACAAGGUUUAUCCUGAAUCUGGCCUACAAUGAGCAUACCAGAGGAGAGCACUCAGCCGGUGGGCGCCACCGCAAUGGUUGAGGCAUCCGCUGAGCCUCUCUACCCAUCUAACCUUGGACUGUUAUCUCCGCCUCCUGAUUUAUGUGCAUCAUGUGGCCACAGUCACAAGCUGGAGGAGAACCAUGAGUACUUGUAUCAGGACGAGGUGGAUGACGAUCUUGUCUGCCAGAUCUGCCUGCAGCCGCUCAUCCGGCCUCUGGACACGCCCUGUGGACACACCUACUGCCAGGAGUGCCUGACCAGCUUCCUGCUGGAAAGCGAUUUCUGCCCUGUGUGCCGUGACCCCCUCAUGCUGCAGAGCUGCAGGAAGCCCAGCCUGCUGGUGCACAAGCUGCUGGACAAGCUGAUGAUAACCUGCCCUUUCACAGAGCAUUGCACUGAAAAAUUGGCCCGAGGACAACUGGAAGACCACAUCAAAAACAGGUGCAAGGGGGCUUCUCACUAUGGACUUUCGGCAGACAGAAAGCGCCGCUCACAGGAGGGCGACUGCACCGACAGCACAUCAGAGCUCACCAUUGCCACGCUGCCCAAUGACAGCCCAACCUCUGCUGCCGUGGCGCUGCUGGCUGAUGAACCUGGGCUGGUCAACCCGGCCUUCGACCCCACCAUGGAGGACAACAGUCAGUCAGGCAGCAUGACCAGCCUGGCCGCUCGCUGUAGCACCAAGAAGAUUAGAAACUUUGAUCGCUCUUCAGUGAGGAGCCGCUCCUUUAAGAGGUUAAACCGGGCCUUAAGUGUCCUACGAAAGACCAAGACUGGCACCUCGGUCAGCAAUGAGACAUCAGAGGAGAGAGACAACACCAGGAACUCCAGCGUACCACCAGAAGUGCUGGCUCUUCCUCAACUCCAUCACCUCAUCCCGGAUGGGGAGCUCACUACGAUUAAAAUCACACGGUCAGACCCUUCAGACCCUUUGGCAAUCAGCAUCGUUGGUGGAAACGAGACUCCUCUGGUUCGUAUCCUGAUCCAAGACAUCUACAGGGAGGGUGUCAUCGCUCGGGAUGGCCGCUUGCUGCCCGGGGACAUGAUCCUGAAGGUGAACGGCAUUGACAUAAGCAACGUUGCUCAUUGCUUUGCCGUGUCAAUCCUAAAACAGCCGGCCCAACUUCUGCGGCUAACUGUGCUCAGAGAACAGCGGCAUCAUUACCGUUCCCACUCACAAAGCCACCCACACGGCCAUGGCCACGAGGUUCUCAGUGGGCACCAAUCCCACGGCCUACCUCCCCCAAUGAGAGAUGACAGCAUCCACGUGGUCCUGAAUAAAAAUGCCCCACAGGAACAGCUGGGCAUUAAGCUGGUGCGGCGGCCAGACGAGCAUGGAGUUUUUAUCUUUCAUCUGCUGGAGGGCGGCUUGGCAGCACGUGACGGACAGUUGUGUAUAGGUGACCGCGUGCUAGCCAUCAAUGGGCACGAUCUGCGUUACGGGGCACCAGAGCAUGCUGCCCUGCUUAUUCAGGCAAGUGAGCAGCGUGUCCAUUUUAUAGUGUCUCGUCAAAUCUGCUCCCCAACUCCAGACAUCCCCCAAGAAGCUCCGUGGGGCAUGGAAGGCCCCCCACCAUACUCCCCUGUGGAUAUGGAGCUAACCCUACUGGACUCCUGUCAGAAGCCUGCGUGCUACGAGAAGACAGUUACUCUGACUAAAGAGCCGUAUGACUCCCUGGGCAUGACGGUGGCAGGUGGCAUGUCCAGCCGAGGGUGGGAUCUCCCCAUCUAUGUCACCAACGUGGAUCCUGAUGGAGUGGUGGGACAGGAAGGCUCCAUCCGCAAAGGAGACAUUUUGCUGAACGUGAACGGGUUGGAUCUGACGGGGGUCACUCGGAGUGAGGCCGUGGCCAACCUGAAGAACACCUCUUCUCCUGUUGUGCUCAAGGUCUUAGAGAUGCGUCCUCCUGAGGAGAGCUUGCAAGAGUUCCCCCUCCCACCCUGUCUCACACCCUCACCCACAGACAGCAUCAAAAGCCCGGUGCCUAACGAUGACUACUCACCUUUGUGGGUGUCCUGGCUCCAGCUUCCCAGACAUCUGUACUACUGCAAAGACAUCGUUCUGCGGAGGAACACGUCGGGUAGCCUGGGCUUCAGCAUUGUGGGGGGUCAGGAAGAAAUGAACUGCAAUCAAUCCUUUUUUAUCCGUUCCAUUGUUGAAGGAACACCUGCUUACAACGACGGGCGAAUAAGAUGCGGGGACAUCCUACUGGAGGUGAAUGGGAAGAGCACCUGGGGCCUGACCCACACAGCCUUGGUUCGCCUCCUGAAGGAGCUUCGGGGCAGGAUCACUCUGACCAUUGUCUCCUGGCCGGGCAGCCUGCUGUAACGGCACCCCAGCCUCCCUGCACUGCUUCUGUGAUAAUGACCAAGGGAUGUGGAGGCAGAGCUUGCAUCGGCAGACUGUCCUUAGACUUCUUGGAGAGAGAAAAAGGACAGAGGAAGGCAGACACUGAUUUCUCUUCAGGGAUUUGACCAGAAUCUGGGAGGGUGAUCAAAACAAAACUGAACUGUGAGCAAAAGUUUAAGUUGCCCCUCCAGGAAUGCUGAAAUGGGAGGAUCCAAGCCUGCCACUUUUCUGAAUGGGAUGUUGCGAGAUGUUAUUUACUUACAGAACAUUGUCAUUGUCUGGAAUAACAUCCAGUGAGUGGGCUGGGAGGAGAAGAGGAGACAACUUGUUGCCAACUCCAAUAGAUAUAUUAGGAUAUGUGUUAAGUUGGACUCACAUUUCUUUAUGUACUGUAAAAAUGCUGGUUGUUGAAAACAGUAACAGUCCAAUCACUUGUAAUAUGUUUUUUUUGGUUUAUUGUAUGGCCUUCAAACGUAGGCUUUAUUCUGUUUGUACUGACAGUGGUUCUCAUCUGUUAAACUAAAGACUCGUUGCCAAGUACUAGUCUGUGAGGUUUUUCUGUUUUCUCAGAAGCUAUUCUUAAUAAAGAAAACAAUUGGCAAAGCAGGUCUAUGACAACAUAAAAGGAUCAAUGUGUUCUUAACAUGUUGAAGUGACAUUUAAUUAGGUGACAUUGUGGAGGCCUUACAAAGUUUCUUACUUUUAAGAAAGAAAAAGCUAUAACUGUUCCUGUGCAUCACUGGAUGGUCUAUCUCCUGUGGUUCUGUUUGUCACGCUUCGGCCUGUGUAGUUUAUCUGAUGGUACAUGACCAUAAAAGACUAAUAAAGCUGUUCCAAAACC